AUGAAGGAGCUCAUGUGUAAUUUGCCUACUUUGGCCACUCCCGUGCCUGGGGAAGAUAUUUUGUUGUACUUAUCUGCGUCUAAGACAACCAUUAGCGCCAUCAUGAUGGUAGAAAGACUGGGAAAGCAAAUACCAAUAUAUUUCAUUAGUAUAACGCUCAAGGGACCGGAGAAGCGGUACCCACCCAUGGAAAAACUAACGUUGUCGCUAAUCUUUGCAUCGAGAAAACUCAGAAGGUACUUCGAAGCCCACAAGGUAGUCUUGCUCACGGACCAACCGCUACAGAAGGUGCUAAGGAGGCCGGAACUCUCUGGUCGGCUCGUCAAAUGGGAGGUGGAAUUGGGAUAUCAUGCCAUUGAAUACAAAACAAGAACAUCCGUGAAGGGGCAAUUCUACACCAACGGAGCUUCUAGCGAGAAGGGAAAUGGGGCAGUCAUCACCCUCAUUAGUCCGGAAGGAAUUGAAUUAACCUACGCGAUUAAGUUAGACUUUGAGAACACCAAUAACACGACUGAAUAUGAAGCACUUCUCGAUGGACUAAGGCAGGCAAAGAAAGUAAAAGCGAGGAACAAUGAGGCCAACUCAAAUUCACAAUUAGUAGUCAAACAAUACAAUGGGGAAUAUGAUGCCAAGGAUGACACCAUGGCCCAGUAUAUGACUCAGGUGAAGGAACUCGCCAAAACCUUCAACACCUUCAAGAUGGAAUACGUCCCUCAGGGAAAAAACAGAAAGGAAAAUGUCCUUAGCAAAUUGGCCUCUGUGGCUUUUGACCAUCUGGCUAGGGAGGUGAAGGUGGAAGUCCUGCCCUCUCCCUCCAUCUCAUACAAGGAGGCAUCGUACGUCGAAAAAACAGGGGAAUCAUGGAUAACCCGUAUUAUUGAGUUCUUAAGUGAGGGGACUCCACCUGAGGAUGAAGCAUUGUCCAAGAAGAUAUGGGAAAAGGCCCUCCAAUAUGAAAUCAUCGAUGGACCGCUUUUCCGGAGGUCAUAUCUAGGACCGUGCCUGAAGUGUGUGGACGAAGAAGAGGCAAAGUAUGUAAUCCAGGAAAUACACGAGGGUAUCCGUGGAAUGUAUUCAGGACCCAAGACAGUUGUAGCUAAGGCGAUGAAUGCAUGGUUUUACUAG